GGCUUCCACAGCAAUGGAACGGAACGCAACUUGCACGAACUGGCUAGCGGCAGAGGCUGCCUUGGAAAAGUAUUAUCUUUCUAUUUUUUAUGGGAUUGAGUUCGUUGUGGGAAUCCUUGGGAAUACUGCUGUUGUUUUUGGCUACCUCUUCUGUCUCAAGAGCUGGAACAGCAGUAACAUCUAUCUCUUUAACCUCUCCAUCUCGGACUUAGCUUUCUUGUGCACCCUUCCCAUGCUGAUGAGAACUUACGCCAGCAGAAACUGGAUCUAUGGAACCGCGUUGUGCGUGGGGAACCGAUUCAUGCUUCACGCCAACCUCUACACCAGCAUUCUGUUCCUCACGUUCAUCAGCAUAGAUCGAUACUUGCUCAUAAAAUAUCCUUUCCGGGAACACUUUCUGCAAAAGAAAGAGUUUGCAAUUUUAGCCUCCUUUGCUAUCUGGUUUUUAGUCACCUUAGAGCUCCUGCCCAUGCUUCCCAUCAUAAACUCCGUGGGGACCGACAAUGAGACUUUGGCCACCAUAUGUAAUGAUUAUGCAAGUUCCGGGGACCCGGAACACAACCUCAUUUACAGCUUGUGCCUGACAUUGUUGGGAUUCCUCAUUCCUCUUUUCGUGAUGUGCUUUUUCUAUUACAAGAUUGUUCUCUUCCUAAAGCAGAGGAGCAGGCAGCUUGUUACGGCGCUGUCCCUUGGAAAGCCUCUCACCUUGGUCAUCACGGCCGUGGUGACCUUCUCUGUGCUCUUCACGCCCUACCAUGUCAUGAGGAACGUGAGGAUCGCGUCGCGCCUGAAGCACUGGCAGCAGUACCACUGCGCCCAGGUCAUCAUCAGAUCCCUCUACAUCGUGACUCGGCCUUUGGCCUUUCUGAACAGUGUCAUAAACCCCGUCUUCUAUUUCCUCGUGGGAGAUCACUUCAGGGAGAUGCUGGUGAAUAAACUGCAGCACUACUUCAAAUCCCUUCCGUUCUUUAGGAGAUGA